AUGAAACAGAUCUUUUCCCAACACGAAGGGUCGCAGAAUUGCGUGGUGUGCAGCUCAAUGAAGGACCUCUCGGCAUCUGGAGAGCUUGACCUAGGUCGACUCUAUUACAAUUUUGAGGUUGCGACGCAGUCUGAGAAGGAGAUAGCAGUCAAGAACCACGUGCCGCCCCCUGACCAGCGCAAGCAGCCCAGGCUUGGGUGGACCUCAAUUGAGAAAGUCGACUUCGUCCUGGAGAAGCGUGACAGUUGGUCAGCAAUCAGGCUGCAGGAGUUCCGGCGUGACGAGAAAGCCUUGAGCGUUGGACCUAGGAGACGCCUCCUCAGCACGGAUCUAUAUCUUUCAGCCACGUCACGAGCGUCUCAACCAUUGACUGAGGAGCCUAGCGGCCAGUCUCGAUCGGAUCCGUCAGCCUUGUUAGACUUCGAGCAGAGCUAUGAGCUAGUCCCAGACACGUCCCUCAGGAAGGAAUACAGACAGCACUCCAAAGAUGUUUGCGUCCUUAUUCCGUUGCAGAAGGGAAAGCCAGGCUUCGCCAGGGAGGUGGCAGAACGUGUGGACGUCGACAUAAUCAAGCUCUGGCUUCGUCGUUGCGAAGACAAGCACAACCUCUGCACUAGGCGGAACGAGGACUCAUACCCGCCCGGAUUGAUUCUCAUAGAUGCUGAUCAGAUGUGCCUUGUUCCAGUCGCCUCGAACAAGCCCGUGCCGUACAUAGCUCUGAGCUAUGUUUGGGGCUAUGUUUCCCAGCCAACAUUAACGAAAGCAGUGCUAGAAACGUGGAUGUCCGAUGGCCAGUUGAGAAAUGUAAACGUACCUAAUACUAUUCGAGACGCGAUACAUUUGGUGCAGAACAUUGGCUACCGUUACAUCUGGGUCGACGCACUGUGCAUUGUGCAAGACGAUGCAGCGUCUCGUCAUGCACAAAUAUCCCGGAUGCACGAGAUUUACCGACAUGCCGAUAUGACCAUCGUGGCUGCUGAUGGAGAUAAUUGUUCGGAAGGGCUACCUGGAGUCACACUUGGGAAGGACAGGGUAUACAAGCAUCAUCGAUACGAAUUGCCUGGCUCGCUGUCCUUGAUGCGGCUUCCGUCGAGCACCAAGCACGGAAUAGAGAUGUCACCGUGGAGGACACGCGGAUGGACAUUUCAGGAAGAGCUUUGUUCGCGCAGAACAUUAGUCCUAUUGCCGGAAGUCAUCUUCUUCUCAUGUGCUUCAGCCGUCUGGAGAGAGGACAUUCAAUUAGAAGCCGAGGAAACUUGCCCGAGGUCGGAAGAGGGGCUGAUAUCACUGACCUCCAUGCUUAAUGGUAGGGCCCCUGUAGAUGACGAGGAUUCGGUCUCACUCUUCAGAGCAUUGGUGAAGAAAUACAUGCAGCGCACACUCAGCAGAACCGACGACAUGGAGAACGCUUUUGCCGGCGUCGCCGGCAUGCUGGAACCUUUAAUCGGCCAUGCUUAUCACGGGGUCCCCGAGAAAUCGUUCCCGGAGGUGAUCUACGGAUGCUGGUUUUGGGAUGCUAGCCUUCAGCGCCGGGCAGGUUUUCCCUCGUGGUCAUGGACAGGCUGGAUUUACCGCCGAGAACAAGCCGAUGUAGGGAUCCAGCCCUUGAGCAUCGGUGCGAACACGAGCAAACUCCUGGCAUUUUACAAAGUCGGCACUGCGGGCAUAAGUCUUCUUGGGCAAGAGGGACUGGCUGCAUAUUCAUGCGGUGAGCAUCUUGCAAGCAUGGACUCCGACCUUCGCAGCCACUUCGUUCCCGAUGAGGAAUCCAUCAGGUCCAAGCAAGAGUUACUCCAGAGUCAGGAAAGCGGGUCAAGCAACCUGAUUGCAUUCUAUACCAGUCUUGCGUAUCUAAGACUUCGAGCGCCGCCGGGCGACUUUGUGGGUCCGUCGCGGGAGUAUCGGGUUAUUCAUCCUUACACGAAUCGACAACUUACAAGUAUAUGCCUCAAUGUCGCUUAUGUAGCUCGAAAGGGCACUCAUCUCCCGUUCAUUGUUGUUGGCCACAAUCCGGACAGGCAAUCGUUCCGAUUGAUGCUCAUGGACAUCGAAGGGAGCAGAGCCGAGAGAGUCAAUGUCACUGCACAGGGCCGAUUCAUUAGCGAACACGACUGGAAGGGCUUGGGUCCUAAGAGGGAAUUGGUUUUCAUGUCAUAAUAUCAUUUGACGUUAAAGACGCAACCAAAAAGCCUACGGGAUACCUUGAUGGGUGGUUUCGUUUCAAAUGUUUUGAUCACCAUACAAAUAAAAUGUAUGUGGCGCCUUCAUACAGUGGUAAACGCUCAAGACCCAGCAUCAAAAAUAAAAAAAUAUCAAUAAGCUUCAGCCA